AACAAAUGAAAUUGACCAUUUAAUACGCAGAAAUAUCCAGGCAACAAAUUAUAACACGUGUCGCGACGCGACAAGGUUGUUGCAAUUGCAACUCGCCAAUCGAAGUUUCCCUUCUCCCGUGUAACAAACCGAACGUCCGGCCUAAUGAAAAUGGUAGAUAAAUCAUCCAAGUUGGAUAAAUUUAGCGCCAACAUGGGUGUCAGUGGCACCGGUGCCGGCGGCAGUGGUGGGGGUGGGAGUGGUGUCAACAGUGGUUUUACUACUGGUGCUAGUUGUCUAUUGCACACCGGUGUUGGCAGUCAAAACGGCCAGAAGCCGGUGCCAAUGAAAUUAUUCGCUGCUUGGGAAGUGGAUCGCACACCUCCAAAUUGUAUGCCAAGACUGUGCUCGUUGACAAUAACGCGCCUAUCCAUACUGACACCAUUGCCCGGCGACAUGACGUCACUAACGUUGGCUGUCAAGAUGCAGAGCUCCAAGCGCACGCUGCGCUCCCACGAGAUACCCAUAAACAGCAGUGGUUUUACGCAAAGUGGCGCUUCCGGUGGGGCAGUAACCGGCUCGACUGCCCCCAACAGCGGCGGCGGCGCUGCUGGCAACAUUAUACAACAGAGCAACUCCGGAGCUGCGCUCAUCGGCGGCAGCAGUGGCAGCGCACAAAUGGGUUCGGCCAUAAUUGGCACACCCGGAAAUAUUGGAAACACGGGCAUUGGCAUUGGCGGAAGUGGCAGCGGUGCGUCCAUGACGAUGGGCGGUUUCGCCGCUGUCGGAGGCGGCGCUACGACGAUGCCACUGGCAGAGACUGAACUAGAUCUACACUUCAGCCUGCAGUAUCCGCAUUUUAUUAAGCGCGACGGCAAUAGCAAUCGCAUUGGCUACAAUUUACCCUUUUCUCCCUUCUCACGCUCAAAUGCACAUAGACUGGUAAUAUUGUUGCAACGACGCAAGAAAUACAAAUCACGCACCAUCUUGGGCUACAAAACCCUGGCCGAGGGGAUUAUACGCAUGGAUGCGGUGCUGCAAAAGUCCAUGGACAUGACGGUCGAACUGACGGCAAGUGGCAAGAACGGCCGACCGGGCACCACGGUGGCGUGUCUGCGCGCCGAACGCGUCUCCUCCAUUCCAGUUGAUCAAGACAAUAAGAAUAACAAUAGUGUCCUACUAGCAGAUCGCGUUGCUGAAUAUUCAGACGAAGACGAAGAAGGAGAAUUCAGUUCUGGUGAGUUUAACGAUGACGCCGCCGAGCUGGGUAUCCCCGGUUACGAUCCCAAGCGGGACUACAAUCCGAGCAAGCACGACAUGCGCAAGUACCGCAAACUGCAACGCUCCGAGGUGGAAGACGUCGCUCUUGGCACCAACCCAGUGGAUAGUGACAGUGAAUUCGAGAUGAAGGACAAGAGCUCGUCACGGGCGAAGAUCAGCCGGACAAUUUCAUUACAACAACGUAAUUUCAAACAAAAAAUUGUCGCUUUGCUGAAACGUUUCAAAGCCUCCGAGGAGUUGGAGGGUGAGGUGAGCCGUGGCACCGCAGCUCUUCGUGGCGAACGCGAUUUGGACGCACUCUUCCAGGAGCUCGAAUCGCUGUCAUGCUGCGAGGGCGACGAUUCUGGUCCCGACAUGGACAGCUUGUCCAUUGGGUCGACACCAAAACCUUCGCUGCGCCCAUUCUUCACCAAUUCGCGGAUAAUGCUGCACGACAAUAGCGCCGGUGGUGGCAACUUUGAACGCAGAUCAUCGGAUAAAAGCGACCAAUUGACCAAUUCGUCAUUCAAUUAUGAUAAUACUAGACAAAAAUGCAUUCAUUUAACAAACAAUAACAAUAAUUCGGCUACAACACCAGAUCGUCCGACCGACUACCGGAACGACAGCUCUGGCAAUGAGGGCAACGCUUUCAAUACCGAUGGCCAGAACUCCGACCCACAGAACAGUCCGCCACGCAGCGACAAGGACUACAUGCGUUUGCAGUUAUUGCAACAACAACAACAGCAGUUGACGCCAGUGAGCGGUGGCGGUAACAGCGGCAGUGCUUUCACUUUCAGCGAGAAGCGUUCGCGCCUGUUCCGGACAUCGAGCAAUACACCGAGUGGUGCUGGCAGCGGCAGUGGCGGCGGUGGUGCCAUUGGCAUGGGCAUGGGUAAGAAAAAGCAGACGCUUAGCUUAACAGCUGAGCCGCGUUCAGUAUUAGAGACAUGUCUGUCGCCGACAAAUGUCGAACCGCGAAAACUGUUGCUCGAUCAAUUGAGCCGGAUAUUCGCCAGUGAGGACACAAAUCUUCCCGAUGUGGUCACAAUAAUCAGCCCCCCUGAGGCGCUAAGUGGCAGUGCACUAAUUCCAAAACUGACAACGCUGUUGGCAAACUCCUUCAAGCCAGCUUUUGUACCGCAAAAUACGGCGGAAGUGAAGGCGGUGCUGCAGGCGCUAAUGGGAAAGAUACAAAAAUACUGCAACUCGAAUGCGAAGCCACCGAAUACGGUGAAAAUAUUGUUGUUGGGAGGCGAUUGGCUACAGGGCGCAGCCUUACGGCAUUACGUCGAGCUGAUGGGUGUGCGUCCACCGGACUGGCUGAAUCAUUUGCGGUUCUACAUUGUGCCGAUCGGCAGCGGCAGCACAAUAGCGCGUUAUCUCAGCCAGGUGGACUUGACAUAUGGUGCCAUGUUUGGUUCGGACAAUUGGUAUCAAUUGUGCGAGCGCGUAGCGGCGACUGCGGCGGCGGUCAGUGCCGUAACGACGGUGAAUGCCUCGGCGUUGUCAACGACGCUCGGCGACUCGGUCACGGCGAAUAAAUCCGACAUUGUGGAGAUGGUGCAACGCAUACAGCGUUAUCUACACGCCGCUGGACCAUGCACUCAGAUUCCCAUUGGUGAGGCUAUGGUCAAUUACAAGGACGAGGAUUCACGUCAAAUAUUUGUGCCGUUCGUUAGUGAUGUGCGCAUUGGUUACUUGGAGGGUCCACAAGUCUCACUCGAUCUCGAAGAGAACGCCACGCAAGCUGGCGGCAAUACUGGCGCGCAACAGUCGCUGCAUAUGUCCAGCGCCAUACCCAUUGGCAGCAGUAAUGCCACGAAUUUAACUGGCGCCGGUGGCGUGGCUGGAGGCAACAACGCUCCAUCUGGUUCGCCACCCCAGAGCGGCAGGAUCUCACCCCCUCAGCAAACGCCACCCACGUCGGCGAACGCGCUCCGUGAUCGUGGGGGCGAUUCGAUUAACACACCCACAGCGCAGUCGAAUGCCGCUUCCGAGUCGGUGGAGCUGCAAGUGGAUUAUUGGCCCAUUAUUCGACCGGGAGACUACACGCCAAAGGAAAAGAGUAUCACGCGUGGCGGCGACCAGGGUGGCAAGAGUAGCAUUAAGAGCACAUUUAGAAAUCUACAGGUUUGGCGGCUACCUCAGAACGCCCAAUUAGGCGAAAUGUCCCAUGGAAUGACAGUGAAUUUCGCGACCAAAGAAAAGAAACAAAAACAAAUUAUGCGUCUAGGCAAGAAAAAGGAAAAAGACCGUGAUCUCGAAAAGGAGCAGUGCGUCGAAGGUGUGGCGCGUUUGAUUUGCUCCCCCAAACCGUCGCACCCAGUACCGUUAAGAGUUUUCAUCGACGGCACAGAAUGGACUGGUGUAAAAUUCUUCCAGUUGUCUUCGCAAUGGCAAACACACGUAAAGAAUUUUCCAAUUGCUCUCAUUGGUUGUACGCCAAUGUCUUGUUCUGAGAUAUCCUAGUCAUUUUAAAAACAAUAUUUAAACCGAUAAAAUCUAAAAAAAAAAAAAAAUAUUUAAUAAUCCAUGUAACAAUUCUACUUAUAUAACAGCAGAUAAAUAUGCAUAUAAACAUGUAAUAUCUACGUUGGUUAUCAUAUUGUACGUAGUACCACUGCUACUUAGUUCAAUAACUUAAAAACAUUAUAUUAUAUAUGCUUGGAAAUAGACUCACACACACACACAUCCAAAACACAUCCACUUUCAAAAGGGCAUUUGCGUUCAAAGUCCCUAUUGUGCAGAGCGUUGUGCUUUCGGGACAAAAUAUAAUUUUUCGAAAAGACAGUCAUGAAAUUAGAAGGCAAGCGCACCCGCAUCUUUUGUUUAAUUAAGCCCAAUAACUUAUACAAUACCUUUAAUGACAAUUUGUGGCAUCAAUAUGGUUGCCCUAACACUUUUGUUUGUCCACACUGCUAUAUAAAGAUACACAUGCGUAUACACUUUUUAUUUUUAGUCCAUGUAAACGCGUUAAGAAACAUAUACAUAUAUACUUUUAUUUUUUUAUUGUGUUUUAAUGCCAAUUUGAGUUUUGAGCUGAUUGUAAAAAUAAACAGAAGAAUAUUUAAUAUUAAAUGCGCUUACUUAUAUAACUCGUAUGUACCGAUGUACAAUUUAAAGGAAACUAAGUGAAUUGCGAAACUAAACCAUGCUUGCUAACCGUAGAAGUAGUUCGACAUAACAUAUACAUACAUACAUACAUACCUAUAUACAAAUAGAACAAUGGUAGCUACGCCGACAAUGUGUUAAAUGCAAUAUGAAACUUGAAUAUCGAGAUACAAGUAUGGCAUACAGUUUAUAGCUUCCUACAACCACCAGCCAUAUUGUAAUACUAAAUAAUACUAAAUGUUAAACACAAAUACAGUACAUAUACAGUUUAUCAGUUUGAAGUACAGUUUAAACUCAUAAGUGAAACGUAAAUUAACAUUAAAAUGCCACCGUGUUCAGUGCGCUGCGGUGACUGAACUCCAACGAAUUUCCAUCAAUAAAACACCUGUAUCCGAAUAUUCCUUAUUAAAUAUUAGAUAUUAAAUAAACAAAAUACAAAUCGAACAUGUUAUGAAUCGAGAUAGCAUAAAGUACAUAACCGUUGACAAUUCUACAUAUAACGCCGAACUUUUUGAACUCAUACUUGUAUAGUGUGUUAUGCGAUAGAAAUUUAUGAAAGAACUCAAAAAACUGUUCAGAAGUUAUUUAAGCUCCUGUUGUGUUACUCAUUGGUUAUUUUUUCUUAAAUUUCAAUGUCACACUUAUUUCCGAAUAUCAUCCAUACUUGAGUCGAGUUCCCUUUUAAAAUCUUCGUUUAGAAACUGGCGCGAGUAAUUAUUUAAUAUUUAGAAAUCUAAAAUUAAUUUUCAUACAUUUCAAAGGAAGAUAUCCUUUCUUCUUGUUUGUAAAAAUAUCAACACACAUCACAAACUAACAUCCCACAUCUGUUAACUGUGUCCAAUAUAAGCGUUCUUCCUUAAAAAAUAGCCCAGACAGCUAAUGUACAUUUCUUCUAUUUUUUCGAAUUUAUUUUUAUAUUUUUUUAAUAUCGUCAGAUUUUUUCAUUAGUCAAUUAAUUUAUUAAUCAAUUUGAGUUUACGAUUUGCAAAACAGAAAUAAAAGUAUCACACGCUGCACUCGAAGUUUAAAUAACUCGAUUGACUGGCUGUAGAUUAAGGAACACCAGUAAUGAAUUGGCAUGCAUGAAUGUGGAUUUCUUAAUUGAAAGAACUCUUAUAAAUUGUAAAGAAACUCUAAUUGUUGUGAUCUAAAGUAAAAAAAUUGUAAUGUAAGAACAUCAAUAUUUGUAGAGAUGUCUAUGUAGUUAUCUCAAGUGCGAUAUGUAAUAUAAGUAUAUUUAGUAAAAUGUUCAUCCAUAGCAUUAUUUGUUCCAAAUACUGAAAACAGUACUGCUGGUGCACAUCGUAAUUUGUUUGUUGUGCUCCAAAUAAAUGCGGUUAGACCUUGAACUUGUGGUUGGAAAUUUAUUAGGUAUUUAAUUAAUCUGUCUUCAUAUACAAAAUUUUUAAAUUACUAUAUAUACUUGUACAUAUGUACUCCAUGCAUGUACGUAUGCCCAUAUAUGGCAGUUGCUCUCGUUCCAUAAGUUCUGUGAAUGUUUAUUAGAGUGCAUACAUAAAAAUUUGCAUAUAUAGCAUAUUUAAAAAUUAUAAUUAUAAUAUAUAUACAUACUAAACUAUAUAUACCUAAUAUAUACAUAUACCUUAAACUGUAAAACAUUAAUAUCACUUAUUUAAAACAUUAAACAUUUAAAUUAGAAGAGACGAAAUCGGAAGCGUUUCGUCAGUGAGAAAGAAAGGUGCGAGUAAGAAAUAUGCAAUAUAUGAGAAAGUGAAGAUUUACAGAGUGAAAAGAGAAAUUCGAGUAAAACAACAUAAAAGUUAGUCUAUAAGCAUUUUUAAUAAUGAAUAAACAAAAGAUAAGACUUGAAAUAAUACAUACAAAUAUAAUUUCAAUGUGUUCAGUGCUUAAUUUUGAUUUCGCCUAAAUACAAUACAUUUAAUUUUGAAUUUUGUUUUUGUUUGUUUGGGUUUGUAUGAAAUCGCGCAUUCAUCAAAUUGUUCAACGCCAGCGCGUGGGGCAGUUGGUUGUGAAUUGGCAAUUGAUCAAAUACAUGUGUUGCAGCUUCAUUGUUAGCAUUGCAUUGCCAGUC